AUGGCUGUAAUCUCGGGUUCUUUCUCAUCUUUGGAGUUAGAGAAAUAUGGAGAAGGACUGCUUACAGAAAAACCGCGAGUUUUAUCAGUCCUCUCUUCAAUUCUGGAGAGAUCAGUUCAAAAGAAUGAGAAAUUAGUAAGGGCAUCAAAGAUGAAGGACGUCGUUACAAUGUUCCAUGCAUCAGAAGCUCCUGCCUUAAGCAUUACAAAGUACAUAGAGCGCAUCUUCAAGUACUCAAGCUGCAGCAAUUCUUGCUUUGUUGUUGCAUACAUAUACAUGGAAAGAUUUCUGCAACGUACGGGGACUUGUCUCACUUCUCUCAACGUUCACCGGCUUUUAAUCACCAGCAUUCUAGUUGCUGCAAAAUUUAUGGAUGUUGAUUGUUAUAGCAAUGGCUACUAUGCCAAAGUGGGAGGAGUGAGCAUUGGAGAGAUGAACAACCUAGAGAUGACAUUCUUGUUGAGUUUGGAUUUCAAACUCCAUGUCACCACAGAGAUGUUUGAGAAGUAUUGUCAGCAACUUGAAGAUGUGGGAGGGCACCAAACUGGGCACUUCAGAAAGGUUCAGACCUUGAAAGAUGAUUGGACCAUAAUCGAAGCAACAUUAACGCGCCAUAGUCGAAGCAAACAAACAGUACUAGUGAAGUAUCAGAAGGACAAGGCUUGUGUAUUUUCAUGGUUAACCUAA